AUGACAGCGACGAAUUCUCGUAUACUUUCCAUCGAUGUUGAAUGUGUGGCUACAAGUCAUACACAUGAUGGUCGAGCUCCUUGUAGUGUGGCGAUUGUGGAUGAACAAUGUCAAAUUAUAUAUACGUCAUUAAUAAAUCCAACAGAAAAAGUUGUCAGCGAUCUGUAUCCGUUUACAGGUUUACGAAUGAAAGAUCUUCUGCAAGCACCUACUCUCGAUGAAGUUUUAAAAGAAAUUCAUCCAUUGUUUGAUGCAACGACAACUAUUGUUGGUCAAAGCCCUAAAAAUGAUAUCGAAUGGUUAAAACUUGAGAAAGAUGUACACUAUGCACAAAUUAUUGAUCUUAGCGAUUGGUUUAAAACAGUCAAUGCUCGCUAUGGGUCUAUAAGUUGUUUCUCAUUAGCACAUGAAGCUUCGACAUUAUUAGGUAUUGAUCUGAAUGCCGGAAAUGGUCAUCUAGCUACUCAAGAUGCCAAAGCAUCGAUGCAAUUAUAUUUAAAAUAUAAGGAUAAUGAAAGUGGUAAAGAAACAGCUCGUCGUCUUCUACUAAAAACUCGACCUGGUAUCACACCAGCCAAAGCGUGCAAUUACAAUUAUGAAAGCGUUUGUUUAGCUGGAUAUUUCCCUCAAAAGUGUUCUUGCAAUCGACCUUCAUUUUCAGAUAAUUAA